AUCAAACAAUAAACUCAUUUUAAAUCACAAAUUUUUAGUAAGAUACGUUUUGAACACAGACAGACGAACAAAUUUUAAAAAACAAAUUAAAAAAAAAAACUUCUUACCACUUGUCCUCUAAAUCAGAACCUAACAGGGGAAAAUGCCUGACCUUCACGGAUCGGACGAAGUCUGGAAGUUACGUUUUGUAGACAUCAUCAAGCCCUAUCCGAACCACACCUUGGCGAAUGUUACUUUUAAAAUUUUACGCUUCUUUUACCCCCCGUCGGCAUUACAAAUGGUGGAUAUAAGGCAUGUGGUGCAGAACCCAAAACUAAGCCACUGGAAUGCCACUAUGUUUGUUGGUUUUACAAUACUGAUGGGUGUCAUGUCGUAUCUAAUCUACAAACACUAUUUCGAAAUUAAACCUAUUGUACGGGAAGAACCUGAACGUUUGAAUGAACUGGAAACGCGAAUGAAGCAGAAAUAUGGAUCGGAAUAUAAAUUAGGAAUUUGGCAGCGCAAAGAUCUGCCUGUUCCCAGUCCUGGUAGCAGCACGCACCUUCAAAACAACAUGGUUGAAGAAAACGAAAUGAACUGGAUAAGCGAGUCCAGUAAUACGGGUUCUUGUGACGGACUGUUGCCUGAAAAUGCUGACAAUCCAGCCAAGUCUGUGGGCCUUAAUGCCGAAAACAACACAGUGCUCGAACAGUUGCAUGUGGAGGAGCAGCGUGAGAUCGAUAUCCCUGAGGAUUUGGGGGCAAACGCACCCAGGGAGAGCAGCAGUCGUGGAAGCGUUAAGUUUAAUAAGCAAGUAAAGUGUCGUAUUUUCGAUGGCAAGACUCAGUUGGAUUUGGAUAUAGAAGAGAAAGAUGAUGCCGAUAUGAGCUCACAAAUUCAGCAAACGGUCAAAGAGAAUUUAGCACCGCGAAACCCAAAGGUGCCCAAGCAAACCAGAUGGCGCUAAGAAAAUGAGUAGCGAGAGUGAAAACAGGGAUCGGAAAACAAGAAAACCGUGGCGGUAAGAAAAAACUCGAACUGCAAUACAAAGCUUUCUAUGCCCGAGCAAAAUUGUUGAAGUGCUCUUGAGCUUUUUUCUAUUGAUGUUCAAACACCUUGAAAUGUAUCUGCUUUGAAAAUAUUUGAGACAACUGACGGUUAAACGUUAAAAUGAAUGGAUAUUAGGUUCCUUUUAAUUUUAGAACAUUUAACAUAUUUUGGGAACUUAUCCAAAUGUAAUAAAAUUAUAUAAUUUUGGAGAUUUAAGGAAA